UGUCCUACUAUUGCAGAAGUGGAAUCUCCCAUCGGAAAGAAGUUCUGCUUUCCCAUCUACCACUGGAUCACUGAUGAUGAAGGGCAUUGCUUCAGAGAAGGAACAGCUGCUUUGUGGUCUCAGGACAGUGAGGAACUCAGAAGGAUUCGGGAGCAGGAGAUUGAUAGGCAAAGGACAAUCUACUGCUGGGGUGAACAUAAGGAAGGAAUUCCUUACGGGAUGAAGGCUGAUGGCCCCUUUUCGCUGCCUUAUGAUGACCAAUACUCCCGGAGCAGGGAUGUAGAAGCAGGAUUCACAUUAGGCAAAGCAAUAAUAGAGCUGAAACUGGAAGAAUGGAUAUUGCACAAGGAUGAGUGGACUUCUAUCAGGGAUAUCGGAUCCCUGUAUGAGAAGCACCGGACUCCCGUUUCUGAUUAUGUCCGUGAACACUGGAUGGAUGAUGACUUCUUUGGCUACCAGUUUCUAAAUGGCAUCAACCCCAGGCUGAUCCAACGUUGUAAAGCCUUGCCUGAAAGUUUUCCUGUGUGCAGUAAUGUGAAGCUCCAGGAGGAGAUAAAGAAUGGAAACAUUUUCCUGUGUGACUACAAGAUUUUGGACGGAGUGGAAACAAACACCAUCAAUGAGAAGAAGCAGUACUUGGCGGCUCCUCUUGUUCUGCUCCGCUUGGAUGGUGGAAAAAUGAAGCCCAUCGCCAUUCAGCUGAAGCAGACUCCAGGACAGGACAAUCCUGUCUUUCGUCCCACCGAUCAUUGCGACUGGCUGUUGGCAAAGAUCUUUGUGCGAAGUGCAGAUUUCAACCUGCAUGAACUCAACAGUCACCUGCUGAGCACUCACCUGCUGGCUGACGUUUUUGCAGUGUCACUGAAGCGAAACCUUCCCAUGGUGCAUCCUGUGUACAAGCUUCUCAUUCCACACUUUCGCUACACUUUGUUCAUCAACAGUGCAGCUCGAAAGUCUCUCAUAUCUACAGAUGGAGUCUUCACCAAGUUUGCAGCUUCUGGUGGAGAAGGCAUGUGGACCAUCUUGAGGAGAUCCCUCGAAACACUGACGUACAGGUCCCUCUGCAUAAAAGAUGACAUCAAGGAUCGUGGGCUGGGGGAUGUGCCAAACUUCUACUACAAGGAGGAUGGAGAGAAGCUCUGGGACAUCAUCCACAGGUUUGUGGAGGAAAUGCUCGGCCUCUACUACAAAUAUGAUAAUCAGGUCAAGCAAGACUGUGAAGUGCAGAACUGGAUUUUGGACAUCUUCAAACAUGGAUUCCUUUCUUGUAAAGAGAAUGGAAUUCCAGACAAGUUUGAGAGUCUGCCUGAUUUGGUCAAGUUCGUUACCAUGGUGAUGUACACUUGUUCUGCUCAGCAUUCGGCUGUGAACACUGGACAGUAUGACUUCUACGGCUGGAUGCCCAAUGGCCCCAGCAGCCUGCAGCUGCCGCCACCAACCACAAAGGGGGAAGUGACUCAAGAAAGAAUUCUGGCCACAUUCCCCAACAUGGAAACAACAGUUAAUGCCAUGGCUACUGUUUGGCUGCUCAGCAAGACAUUUGGUGAUGCGGUCCAUCUUGGUGACUACCCGCAGAAACAAUUCACCGAAGAAUGUUCCCGAUUGAAGAUAAGAGCCUUCCAACGAGAGCUUAAGAAGUUAAGCUCAGAAAUCAACGACAGAAACAAGAACAUGGAGAUAAAAUACACCUACCUGGACCCAUUGGUGAUGGAAAACAGCGUGAGUGUUUGAAUCUCAGCGUCAGCUGUUCGUUGUACUCGGAGAAUAGACCAAGAGUCUGAUUUUAAUUGAUACUUUGGUGGAGGGAAAAUGCUUUUUAUGAUCUUUGAAUGCUGAUCAGGCUACAUACAAGUGCAUUAAUGCAGCUGUGUAAAAGUGAUUUAAUCGCAUCAUAUUCUCACAGUUCUGAACAAAACAUAAUCAAAUUUGAAGCAGAUCUUUUUGAUUAACAGCUGCUUCAAGGGUGUUUUCAGUUGGAUUUUUUUGUUUCAUUAAAGAUUUAUUGCCUUUUUUUUCCCUAAUCAAUGACAACAUGUCACAUCUUUGUUACUUUACUUUGAUCAAGCGAGGAACAUCAUGUACUACAGAUGAUUAUUCCAUC